UUACCAUUUGCCACCCAAAAUGCACGUGGUGUAACUGAAAGGAUACCAGCACAGGGCACGAUAAAACUAAAGCCUAAAAUACGCCAAAAAUUAGCUGAAGCCUAAACCUCUACUUGGAGAAGAACUGUUUACAGUGUUUACGCAUUUCUAAACAUAGAACUCUUCGCUAACUGGGAAGUACCUUCAGGACAUGGAUCCGGAGAGUGACUCAGGAAUGGCAUCCUGGAAUCCCCACCCUUCUGGCCACAACACACACGACAUGGAACAGAAGUUACGCCAAAGCGAGGAGGCAAGGGAAGACGUGGAAAGGAAACUUGAAGAAGAGACUCGGCUGAAAGUCUUCUACCAAGACAAAGCUCUCCAGCUGGAAUCUAAACUUCAAGACCACGAGGAAAGGUUGUGCAGUCUGGAAAACAAAAUGGCUGCACUGAUGGAGAAGCAUCCGAUUCAACAACAACAACAACAACAAGUGGUGGGCGAAAGAGUUGGUAGAGAGAGUCAGGAUCAGAGCGUGGCUGAAGACUCGGAAGAAACGGGCAUUAGGGAAGUAAAAGUUGGAGAGGCAUUGACAUUCGGUUUGGACCCAGCGACGAUUCACGGCAAGUUGGAUACCCAGGUAGACAGCGAGAAGGGCAAAAUCCUCAUCAGCUACAACGGGGACCAGGAGGUAGUGAACACCGUGGGGCGGUUCGUGGGGAAGUCCCACACCGCGCUGGCCGAUGUGAUGAUCAGCGGAGGGAGGUGGUACUGGGAGGUGGACGUACGCAAGUCCAACCACUACCGUAUGGGCGUGGCUUCGAAGACCGUUAAACGUGACAAGUGGAUCGGCGACACGAAGAAGUCCUGGUGCAUCAGGAACAAUGAUGGCGAGGUGUCCGCUAGACACAACUAUGACGACUCUGGCCUGCGAUUGGUCAGGAACCCACCAAUCAUCGGCGUUCUUCUCGAUUACGACAGCGCAAAGGUCCACUUCUUCGAUGUGGACAGUGGUAAACACCUACAGACGUACGAAGUUGACGUCAGCGAGCCCCUGCGUCCGGCGUUCCAAGUGAACGAAGGCUGUGUUGUGGUAAACAGUGCAGCUGGAUCUCCUGCUAAAAUGGAGGAACUUUUAUCAGCCAUGGACGCAGCUGGUGACACCAUACCUGACUUCACACGUGAGGCAUCAUGGCAUAGAAACCGCUUCUUCAAUGACAAGAGAAUGGCAGACAUUUCUAUGCUCAUCGGCAAACAAUGGCGGCAGGUGGCCACUUGUCUCGGUCUCCAAAAGGUACAGCUGGACAAGAUGGAACUGAAUCACCCAAAAGACCACACUCGGCAGGUCAUGGAAGGCUUAGUUACUUGGAGAGGUACUGCGAAGGACGACGAUGAGAUGUUGACGGAGCUGACAUCAUGUCUGAAGAAAUGGGACCGUUCUGACUUAGCGGAGCAAAUACAAGAGGAACACGACCAACUCACGACCGAAGCAUCUGAAGACCCUUCCUAGAGCACCGUGUGUGUGUGUGCAUCUAAUAAAGUGUCAGAACACGUGCGCAGUUUGGUAGUUGGCAUGUUUGAGCCUUCAUACUUUGCUUAUGGUUGUGUUUUGUCUGUCUUUGUGUG